AAUGUCAUACCUUGCAAAACUAACAUCUGCUAAUGGGGCACUAAGUCGGAUUCAAUUAGGUGCUAAAAUAGAAGAAAAAAAUCAAACCAUCGAAGUGGAAGAGUUAAAAAAUCUUGUAGAUAAUGAAAUAUCAACUUUAAAAGAUCAGGCGAAAGAGACACAAUCGAAGCUUCGAGAGAUUGAAAUGCACUAUCGGGGAGCAAGAGACGAGCUUGUGAACCGACGCAAAGUUGUUCUUGAGGCAGAAAUUAAACUAGAUAUGGUAACACAAGAACUUGGAUCACUUAAACAACAGUGCGAAAUGUUAAAAAUAUGGAAUGUUGAUCGUUUGCUGAGUAACGAAGGAUAUGAAAUUAUGAAGGAAUAUGCCUCAGCAUGGAGCCUAGGAUUGACGGGCAGAGAGCAAAGACUAAACUUCAACAAUAUUCUAAAAGAUAUAUUAAAUGGUCAAAAUGUAGAUUUUCUCUUAAAUGAAAAACGAAUUGACUUGCAGUCCAUAUUUAACCCAAGAAGAGAUUUAAAAGAACAAAGGGGGAAAUUUGGCAAGAGCUGGGAAGGUGUUGAACGAUUAAAUUUAGGUAAAACGAAAGUUAACAAAGCAUCAUCGAGACUUUAA